AUGGCGGCUGGAGUUGGAAGUCAGUUGUUUUGUCCAUUUCGAGCUAUAGGUUUUGUGGCAAAUCAUGUUCCACUGACUGUACAGACACAAGGAACCGAAAAUCUUGUAACUACUGCCGUGGGAUCGGCCUUUCACGUGUAUAAUGUAGGCAUAAUCUUCUCACUAUUUAUUGACUCCGUGUAGCUGUUUCUUAAGUUUGUAAGUUUUAAGAACCAUUUUUGUUUUAUAGUGUGCCAAGCUAAACCUUCUUUUCGUCGGUAAGUUGAAAAUAUAAUCUUUUUUAUGUUAUAUUCCUUUUAAUUAAACCCUAACCAACAGGUAAAGAGGAAAUUAAUAAGUUCUGUUUGCGUUUUUCUAGACUUGAGAAAAGCGUUUGAUGUCAUCAGGCAUGAUAUACUGCUUGCCAAACUUGAUUCUUAGGGUAUUAAAAGGAACGCUCUUCAGUGGUUCAAUAGCUACCUAUUUAUAGGCAGAUCUCAAUUUGUUGUGUGUAGAAACUGCUCUUCUGUGCUUUGACGUCUCCCGUUUGGAGUCCCUCAAGGAUCGGUCCUGGGUCCUUGAUAUCCAUAUAAACAACAUAUCUAAAGCAUGUCACAAUUCUGGUGUUGCGCUAUUUGCAGACGAUACUGAGAUUCAUUUUAGUUCCAAAGACGUUGGCAAGGCCGAGUACAUAAUUAACAAGGAUCCCAAAAGCACUAACCAGUGGUUCUCUAACAAUAGUCUUAUUUGUAACACAAAAAAGAUGGUGACAAUGGUUAUUGCAUCACACAGGGCAGUCAAAACUGCCAGAGAUGUUCAUAUAUCUUUCGGUGAUUCUCUUCUAGAGCAGAAGAGAUCCUUUAAGUACCUCAGUGUGAUAGUAGAUGAAUCGUUCUCUUGGAACAGUCACAUAUCUUAUGUCGCCUCCAGAGUCUACCCCAAACUAAGUUGUUGAAUAGGAUUUCCUCCUUUCUAGAUCCAACUACCCUUUUGAAGAUUUAUAAAGCGACGAUUUUACCUAUUUUAGAUUACGGUUGUAUUUUAUGGGAUCUUGCUCCAAGAAGAGCUCUGAUUUUUUAGAACAAUUACAAAACACAGCUAUGAGGACUAUCUUAAGGGCAAACCACCUGACUUGUUCACAAACGAUGAGAGACAAACUAGGACUUUUAACACUAUCUAGUAGGCAAAGAUUGGAACGAGUUACCUAAUGAAUUACGGGUUGAUGGCCUAACAUUAGGAUCUUUUAAAAGAAAGACAUUUAAGUAUUUGCAAGAACAAGACAAAACACAGCAUUUAUAAAUGUAUAUUGUAGAUUAAUUCAUUUUAAUUUUGUUAACACCCUUUUUUAUUGUAAAUAUUAGUCUUUCCGCUUUUUUACUAUAAACCGUUGUUUUUUCUUUUUAAUCUUGAAAUAUUUUAUUACUGCACAUAAGUAUACACCAGUUUUAUUUUCAUACUCUGCAGAUCUAUUUUUUGCAGUAUCACUAAAGUAUUUGUUAUUAUUAUUAUUAUUAUUAUUAUUAUUAUUAUUAUUAUUAUUAUUAUUAUUAUUAUAAGUAUAUCAGCUCAGUGUAUGCACUGUGUAGUGCCAUUUUAAUAUUUAAGCUUAUAUAUUAUAAACUUAAGCCAGGAUGUAACUUUUUCUCUUUAAUUUAUAGGCUUACUACAAUCUGGGGAGAUAUCAUGUUUAUUAUCACACGGAGACUUGGUAAUCACAGCCUCUGGGAAAGAAAUGACUUCCUGGAGAAGGGGAAAACAGGUUUGCUGCUGCUUUACAACAAGUUCUAGAUGAUCUAGAGGUGCUUGUUGAUUAAAUUGUGUGCCUUGUCUUGCCCUGUGUAAGAGUUUUGUUCUGUAGAGCAAUGUUUGUAGUCUUUGUCUUUGGAGUCACUUUUUUUAAUUUUAAUGACAGUAAAUAUAAUAUUAUUUUUAUAUUUUUCCAAUGUAAAUGACCCUUUACAUUACAGUGUCUUUAUUUUCCUUUUCCUCUCUCUCUCUCUCUCUCUCUCUCUCUCUCUCUGAUGAACCUCAGUCUUUCUGAGGGCAGGCUCAAUAACAAACAAACAAAAAACAAACAAAAAUAGAUAGACCAAAAUAGCUGCUUAUAUAAUUUUCUGGGAUAAAAAGAUGUGGUUGGUAAGAUGUAUUGUUCCACUUCCUUUCAAUAAUGCACAAUAGUUUUUCUAAGGAGCUAUGAGCCUUUUUGCUAUAAAGGUUAUAAAAAAAGGUUAUAAAGGUUUGUUUAUAGUGCAAAGUGCACUUAGCUUAUUUGUCUAGCUUACAGGAAUGCCUCUCAAAUUAUUACAAACAAAUAAUCCAAAUUGAACGUAACAGGAUUAAAAACCCCAGCUAACAGGAGGCAACCAGUUUGUUCCAUAUAUAUAUUUUCUCCCCUUACUGACAGCAAUAAUUUUUUUUUUGCUUAUAUUAGGUUGCAGAAUUUAAGGGGCACAGAAGUACCAUUCACUUUAUUCUUUCAUUUGGCUCUCAUUUGAUUUCUGUUGAUGAAGAAAGUACAGUCAGGAUAUGGCUUGUAGAAACAACAGGUGAAAAAAAAUUACAGUUUUGUUUUUUUAAAAAAUAUCCUAGCAGAAGGGUGGCUGAAAUUUAUUUUCGAAUAGAAAAUAACUUGCCUACCAAGUUUAAGAAUUAUUGUCAAACUUGGUGGGCAAGUUUGCUGAUACUACUGAGUGAUGGAACCUUCCCAUCUCUAGUUUCUUGUCAACCAUGGCAUGAUAGAGUUAGUUAUUUUACUAAUACUAGUGUCUAAUCUCAUUGUAGAAUUAUAUCUGGAGAUGGAAUUUAAUGCAAAGAAUUUUUAUGUGACAUGUUUGACGCAUCCCAGUACAUAUCUGAAUAAGAUCUUACUGUGCAGUCGACAGGGUCAGAUGCAACUAUGGAACAUCAAAACAAAGUAUGGAUUGAUUUAUCCUCUCUAUUCUUCAGCUGCUAAUAUUCUUUAGUGCUUUAUUUUGUUGCUAAAAGAUAUUUGCUCUAGCACGCCAUGUACAGGAAUGUUGUAGAUCAGUAAAUUGAUAGCAAAUGGCAGGUUGCAGAUUUGUUUAUUGAUUAAUUUUACUACAUAAUUAACUACAUGUAUUGUUGUAGUUUGGUAACUUAUUGCAUAAGUAGCAUAUAUACAGGUACCAUUACAUGUAUUCUAGUUGAUGCUGAAAUUUUUCGGCCAGUUUACAUUUUCAGGUUAUAUUGUCAAAUACAUUGUGAAUGUACUGUGCAAAUUUUACCAAUGGUCUUUUUCUUAUAGCAAAUUGAUUUAUACAUUUUCUGGAUGGUCAGAACCCAUAUUAGCUGUAGAACAAGUGAGUUCUAACUAUUUUUAAUGCUCAACCAUGCCUUACCAGUUUGUUUACUACUAACAUAAAUCAGCAUUGCAUCAGCAUAGUGGUGACCUUUAAUAGAAUAAAUUCUUAUUGAAACACUAUAACAUUAUGAUCAUGUAGAUCAGAACAUUGGAUCUAACAUUUCUUGAUAAAAUACCCUUUUUAUGUUCAAUGUCACAGCUUCCUGAAUAGCCCUUAAUAUACAUUGUGCCUUGUUCCCUCUUCUUACUUCAUAACAUACCCUUUAUUCACAUUACUAUCCCUUACAGUGUAGAAGGGAAAUUUGCACAGAAAUUGACUGUUCGACAGGGGACAGCUACCUUGUUGUAAAGAAACUGGGUUCAGAAAGAAAUUUGGAAAUCUUAAGGCAAAGGCUAUGCUUCAAUAACCAUCACUGAUUCUGUUGAUUCCACUUUCAGUUAAGUACAAUGUUUAUUGACUAUUUUGUUGUUUUGCAGGCUCCUGCUGUUGAUGUAGUUGGUGUUGGGCUGCAGAGCGGCAAAAUGAUCCUUCACAACCUUAAGUUUGACGAACCUGUUAUGAGUUUCCAGCAGGAGUGGGGUCCAGUGACAGCUCUUGCAUUCAGAACAGGUACAAUGAAUACUUUUUAACAAUAUACAAAUUUUAAAGACGCGAAUAAUAAGGUAAAGUGGAGUAUGCAUGGCAUUGGUGGAGAUGUUUUUUAUUAAAUAAUAUUAUAAGUUAAGGUUAAAAACACUAACUUAGUUAACUAUUUUAAAUGUCCUAAAUUACACAAUAGGUCUCUGCUUCUUUUCUUAAUUCAAGUGUUGAAUUUUUGUUUAUAGAUGGUAACCCCAUCAUGGCUUCAGCCAGCACAGAAGGUCACAUUGCUUUUUGGGAUUUGGAAAAACGUCAGCUUGGUACUGUGUUGCGUGAUGCUCAUAAGGGCGUGGUUUGUGGAAUGAAAUUUCUUCCUUCUCAGCCUCUACUGGUUACCAAUGGUCCAGAUAACUCUUUAAAGGUGAGUUACAUGUAUUUUAAACAGAAGUAUUUGGUCAAGUAUUUUGGUAUCUGAUUUUAUAUAAAAAGUUCAGUAUAGUAGUGUACUGAAACAGUGUUCUUUGUUCCCGUUAGAUUUGGAUAUUUGACCAACCAGAUGGGAGUGGCCGUUUGUUAAGGUCACGCUCAUGCCAUAGUGCCCCUCCUACAAAAGUUCGUUUCUAUGGCAGCAAGGGAGUUGACAUAUUGAGUGCUGGUGAGAAUGAUUUCAUGGUAAUUUUUGACAUGACUCAUAUGCGAUUUUUUUGUGGUUUGCUAUAAGUAAUUUUUCAUUAGUCUGUGGAUUGAAUGCUUGGUUUAUAAAAAAGCCCAGCCUUUAAUAUAAGUGUUAGGUUGUAAGCAUCCUCCCCUCAGUAGCUGCAUCAUAAGACUCAACAUUUAGAACAUUUAGUCCAAAUAACUAAAUUAUUGUUUUGUUGAUUAAAGGAAGCAAAGUUCUUGACUUGGAAAAAUAUGUAGAAUAAACUCUUCCCAACAGCACACCAUAAUAUUUGCACUCUUUGGUUUUAAAUACACGUCUGUGUGUGUUUUAGGACUGGACAGGAGUUUGAGGUUUAUUUCCAAAGUGCGAGAUGCACGCAGUUGUGAAUUAUCUCAAGGUAACAUAUGCUUUUUGUCCUCUUCACAAUGUUUUUAUUAGUCACCCCUUUGAAACACUAUUUCUGUAUGGAAAACAUGGGGGUCUUGCAGAGCCCUGCAAACUGGCACAGUUCAGUGUUGAAUCUUUAAUCCUCCAUUUAGUGCUCAUUUGCUUCAAAUGUUUAAUAUUUUGUUAUACUAUCUGGACAUAGUAUAUUCAUUUGUAAGAACAGCUGUCCCAACUUUUGUGUCACUUAAUUGAAGCCAUCAAUGAACUACUUUUACAGUUUUUAUCUGUUUGAGCCCAAAGUUUGUAGUAUGGUACAUUUUUGUAUUACAAAGCAUUGUAUGUUUUUUAUUUUUCAAUUUUGAUGGUUUUUGGCAAGAAAAUGAUGUCACAUGAUUGGCGCAAAAUUGAAAUUUCAACUGACGAUGUAACAAAUAAGUAGUUUUCAAAGAGCACAAAGUGGUAAAAUCACCAGUGAAAUUUUUUUUUGAAAAGCUCAAUUGGUUAAGAAGUUAUUAAGCUAUGAUUUUUGAAUUUCCCCCCAUUUUGUUACUAUUUUUAGAAACACAAGCACAUUUCUAAAGCAAUUGCAUGAGCUUUUCAAAAAUUUUUUCCACAUUUGUUUCUAUAAUGUCAUGCUCUAUAAUAAAUAUCUAUCUGUUAGGUCACUAGUUGAAGUUUCAAUUUUGCUGUCAAUCAUGUGACAUCAUUUUCUUGCCAAAAACUGUUGAAAUUGAAAAACAAAAAAAACAUACGAUUGUUUGGAGUACAAAGUUCUACCAUUGUGUAAACUUUGGGCUCAAACAGAUAAAAACUGUAAAAGUAGUUCCUUGGCUUCAAUUAAGGGACCCAAAAGUCACGUCAGCUGACCCGGCGUGAUUUUAUUUACAAUGGUUUUGAUAUUGUUUAAAACAGGUUCUUUGGCAAAGAAAUCCAAGAGUCGUGGUGUCAAUUUAGAAGAGCUGAAGUUGCCACCAAUAAUAGAUUUUGCUUCUGGUAUGGAACAUUAUUUUAUGAAGUUGACCAAUGAAUUCAACAGUGUGCUAAAACUAUUACUUGGCUCUUUUCUGUAACCAUUUUAUAAGAAUAUUUAGGUGGCUUUAUUGUGUUACAAAAUAUCAAUCAUGUAUAUUUUAAACAACUCAUUUUUCGCUCCAUUUCAUGUAAGAAUUACAAAUACUAAAUGGAGAGAGAAAUUGAAUAACUAUAGUUCUGGGCUCAGUUGUUCAAACACUGGACAGCGCUAUUUCCUGGAUAUAUCACUAUCCAGCAGGUAAGUAUUAUAGGAAACAAUUAUUGCAUUAUCUGCUGGAUAGAAAUUUAUCCUGUGAAGAGUGCUAUCCAAUGUUUGAACAACUGGACCUGGUUGAUAAAUAUUUACCUUGGAAACUAUGGCAAUUACUUUAUGGCAGAGGAUGUGCGUCAGAGUGCAUGGGACAAUAUAGUGACUUGCCAUCAGGGUGCUAUGGAAGCCAGGACGUGGAGCUUCCAAAGGAAGAGCAUUGGUAAACAUCAUUUGAAAUCACAAGCUGAUGAUAAUCCUGGCCCUGUCCUGGUGUGUAGAUAGUNUCGUGGUGUCAAUUUAGAAGAGCUGAAGUUGCCACCAAUAAUAGAUUUUGCUUCUGGUAUGGAACAUUAUUUUAUGAAGUUGACCAAUGAAUUCAACAGUGUGCUAAAACUAUUACUUGGCUCUUUUCUGUAACCAUUUUAUAAGAAUAUUUAGGUGGCUUUAUUGUGUUACAAAAUAUCAAUCAUGUAUAUUUUAAACAACUCAUUUUUCGCUCCAUUUCAUGUAAGAAUUACAAAUACUAAAUGGAGAGAGAAAUUGAAUAACUAUAGUUCUGGGCUCAGUUGUUCAAACACUGGACAGCGCUAUCUCCUGGAUAUAUCACUAUCCAGCAGGUAAGUAUUAUAGGAAACAAUUAUUGCAUUAUCCGCUGGAUAGAAAUUUAUCCUGUGAAUAGUGCUAUCCAAUGUUUGAACAACUAGGACCUGGUUGAUAAAUAUUUAACUUGGUAACUAUGGCAAUUACUUUAUGGCAGAGGAUAUGCGUCAGAGUGCAUGGGACAAUAUAGUGACUUGCCAUCAGGGUGCUAUGGAAGCCAGGACGUGGAGCUUCCAAAGGAAGAGCAUUGGUAAACAUCAUUUGAAAUCACAAGCUGAUGAUAAUCCUGGCCCUGUCCUGGUGUGUAGAUAGUAUUGGUGUGUGUACAUGAAAUAUGUUAUUGUAUGUCUAAUGAAUGCCAGAUAUGAGUAUAAUAUACUCCUUGAUUGAACUGCUGUUAUUGAGAAGGCUAUGACAUAUUUUCCCAGAGUGUGGAAACUCUCAGGAUUAUCUACAUUACUUGUCUCCUCUGGUAUUGUGGACGAAAACAAUGCAUCUUUAAGAUUCACUUUAAGUUGAAGGUUUUUGUGCGAGACUGUUUUAAAAUUGAGAAGAUAACAUUUUUUCAGAUCCAAAAUUAGUACUAUUCUUAGUUACCUGUACAGCAGUGUCAUUUUGCAGAAGAAGGGGGUAGGUGAGGUGAUCUUUGUUUAGGAUUAAAUUGCUGGUGGUUUGUCAAAUUCUAAUCUCCUGCACUGGCAGACACCUCUGAAUUUCUUAAAUAAUGAAAGUAAACUGUAUUUUUCUGUGAUCCACAGGUGACAACUAUGAGUUCCUGUGGAAAUUUUGCCAUCACUGGUGAUGCUCAUGGACAUGUUGAUAUGUUUAACAUUCAAUCCGGAAUUCACAGAGGGCAUUUAGGGACACCAAAAGGUAAAUAAGUUAUAUGAUAAGCGGGAAGGCCUGUGAUUCCCCCGCCAAAUAAAAAAAAAAUCGCCUGUAUUCCAUGAGUACACUUAGCUUUGAUCUUUAAGGAGUGUCAGUUGUAACAACGAGGCCAUGUGAGAUAUAAAAGAUGUUUUGAGACUGUACUGUGAGAACUGAAGACCAUUUACAAGAUAGGAGAGUUUAUAUUCUGUGGAUCAUAUUUUAAGCUUAGGCUACAUACAUGUGAGCCAUCAUUGGAAGGAAAAAGAGUGCAUAAGAGUUAGCCAGGAGCAGGAAUUGGAGGAGAUUCUUUUCAUUUGCCUCUGCUCCUUCCCUUUUAGUUUUGUUGACAGGCUGUGUUUGUGGCCAAAAUAAGCAACUUAACGCUCCAUCAUACACAGUUGACACACACAAAUUCACCCUUACUGAAAACAUAGAUGAGUUAGUAUAAUGAGUGUGUAAGAUUUGUAGACUUUUACAGCUGCAUUGUGGCCCAUGGAUUAUCUGUAUUUGUUACAUGUAAUAUGCAUUUCAAUUUCAGCACACAGUGGUCGCAUAAGAGGUCUAGCUAUUGACAGUGUAAACCAGCAAGUUAUAACUGCUGGAGCCGAUUGUAAAGUGAAGGUACAAAUUGAAUUAUUUUUUUAUAUGAUUAUGCCCUUAAUGCCUCAUAAUGUAAUGCCCUGUGAAAUAUUUUUUCGGCUCUUGCAGUUUUGGAAUUUUAAAGCUCGUAAACUUCUCCACACCAUGACGUUUGAGGCUCCCAUUGCACAGAUUUUGUUACACAGAGAGAGGUAGGUAUUAUCAUUAGGAAUAGUGGGAUUCCUGUGCACAUUCAAAUAUUGGAGUUGACAUUUCCCACUUCAUUGAAUUAGUAAUAUUGAUAACCAGUCUUGCAGUAGAAUGGAGUAACUGAACAUGCAUCAUUUUGAUGUAAAGACAAUUGGUUUGUAGAACGUCUGACUUUUUUCUUUAUAGCUAUUACACUAUUCCCUUACAUUCUUUUUUCUUUCUUUAUAUAGCUCCUUACUGGCAGUUUCUUUAGAUGACUUUGAAAUCCAGGUGGUAGAUAUAGAUAUGAGAAGAGUUGUAAGGAUAUUCAGAGGGCAUACAAAUAGGAUUACAGACAUGGUGAGCAGCUCUGCUUUCAUUGCAUCACUUCAUCAGAUGUUUUUGGAUCUUUCCAUGCCAGUCAGCUGUCUUUUCUUGUUUUCCUUUUCAUUUUAUUUACUUUACUUUACUUUAUUGAAUUGGUUACAUGUUAUCAGUUAAUAUGUGCAUAACAAUAUAAAAUACGUCAGUUAGAUAACGAAAAACAAAGUAGAGUAUAAUAAAAUAAAAUGAAUGAAUAUUGCAACUGGAGCAGGGGACAGGACAAUGUCCCAGUUGAUAUCUUGCCCCAUUACGUUCAUGAUAUCUUAUGUUCAGGCCUUUAGCCCAGAUUCCCGGUGGUUGAUCACAUCAUCAAUGGAUUCAAGUGUGAGGACCUGGGAUCUUCCAGCUGCCAGGUAAUAAUUUCUGCUCUACUUUUGCUAUACUUUGAUAAAAGCGCUGUCAACGUCUUUCGUUUCAUCAUCAUUGUGUGUCUAGUCCAUCCCCACAUUGCCUCUUGCGGAAAUAUUGCAGCUUGGAUUGGACUUAUCCUGGACAAUGCGUCAGUUAUUGUGGAUGACAGAGUUACAGCCAGUAUUUAAAAAGGGCUGGGGAAGAUUUUAACUGUAUUUUUUUUGUUCUUUCUUUGGAAUCUUUAUUAUCCUUGUAAAACAUGUUCCAUUUGGCGCUCUUUUGAUAAUAAAGUCUGUCUGCCGGUCUGUAGGUCAUGUGUCAUAUAAGACGUCAAGCGAAAAACGUACAUUAUAAAGUAUUAUUGAUGUUGUUUGUUUUUGCAGACUGAUAGAUUGCUUUUUAGUAGAAUCUCCAGUAACCAGUUUAGCGAUGUCCCCUGUAGAGGAUUUCCUUGUAACUACCCAUGUUGAUGAUCUUGGCGUAUAUUUAUGGUGAGUAUAAGUAAAGUCCCAACUGUUUUGUUUGGAAUUCUUUAUCAUUGGUUCGUAGCCUCUGAACGACAGUUAACAAGGCCAUAUCCUUCUUUCGGUCAAUCACCUGCAGCCCCCCACACCUCCCCCACCCACCCACCUCUCCUAUUACCCUAACCAAACCGAAAGAGUAACUUAGCUGAACUAGAUUUACUUCGAAGUUUUUUUGAACUUUUGAAGUCGGAUCCAACCCAACCAGUCUAACCAAUUAGGCUGGAAAUUUCCUUUUAUUCGUGACAACCAUGAAAGUCAAGCGCUCUUGUGCUAAAUACUGACCAGCCUAAUGAGUGUGUUACCUAGAAUUCCGCUCACCAACAUCUUAUUACAAACAGGUCCAACAAAACCCUGUACGAUGAUAUAUCGUUAAUUCCUCUUCCCGCGGACUAUCAACCGACAGUAGAGCAACUUCCGGUAACAGGGACAGAGCGGGAUAUUGAUGGUAAGGUCACCAUGCACAGUCAACUUCACUUGUAGUUAAUGUUUGUGUGUUAACUGUGUUUGUAAUGGACUCCCGACAGGAGUUAAACCUUGUCGGGCGUUCCAUCACUGAGGUGUAGGAAAGUGGUGGACUCCAUACACUAGUUUUAUAGCUCAGUUAUAAGAACCGUGUGCUUUAUCCCGUAGAAUUUGAAGCCGGUGAAAACGAGACGACGGCAAGAACGGAAGUGGAGAAUAACGCCGUAGCUGUAACUAAAAAUAAAGCAGCUUUUAAGAGUCCUGAUCAGCUGUCGGAUGAACUUGUAACACUGUCUCUUUUACCGCAAUCAAGAUGGAGACAUCUGACAAGUUUAGAGCUAAUUAAGGUAAAGGUAUCCUAUCACAGCCUACCAGUUCAUCUUCUGUUGGAAAAUUGGAUAGGGCGAGUUAACUUACUUGUCAUACAUGUAGGACAGCCUUGACUCUCGUUGAAAAGUUUAAACAGAAGGUUUGCUGGCAGAGUUUGUAGUUUAGACCGGCCUCUUUAGACAUGAUUUGCAUUCUCGGUGCGGUAGAAUUAUGGUCGAUUGUGCCACGUGCAUGUCACAGCAGAAUACAGUUUUAUACUCGAAAAGUUUUUAUACUCUUGUAGUCUUGUAAUCUUGUACUAUGAUUACUUAGCUCUAACAUAAACAUACUGAGGUAUGUGAUCUUUUUUUCAAUCGGUAGAAAAGAAACAAGCCCAAGGAGCCACCCAAAGCCCCCAAAUCUGCGCCAUUUUUCCUGCCCACAACUCAAGAACUGGUGCCCAAGUUUCUUCCAACCGAAGACGAUCAAGCAGACAAUACGGUGAGUGUACUAAUUGGUAUCCCUGUACCCUGCUACCGUGUAUAACAAGCCACUUAAGGUAUUGUCUACCUUUGUAGCACACGCUCCUGUUACGAUGAGUGCACUGGUUAGUACCCAUAUAGUCGGCCCGUUACUGUAAAUACGGUAGCAAGGUAUAGCUGAAGUGUACCUUAGCAGUACUUACUCCUGUUACGAUGAGUGCGCUGGUUUACCCCUAUACCCAUUACUGUAAGUACGGUAGCUAGGUGUAGCUGAAGUGUACCUUAGCAGUACUUACUCCUGUUACGAUGAGUGCACUUGUUGGUACCCCUAUACCCAUUACUGUAAAUACGGUAGCUAGGUAUAGCUGAAGUGUACCUUAGCAGUACUUACUCCUGUUACGGUGUUUUUGUUCACAGGAGAGGAAGUCAAAGAUUCUAAACAUGCAACAACUCCAACCUGACUCGGAAUUUCAAAAAUGUGUGAAAGACUGUAACAGAAAAGAAAACUGUAAGUAAUUGGUGUAUUAAUUAAGGGAAUUUUGUAGCACUUAAAAGUUGACGCCUUGGUUUCUUUUAAGAGAAUUUAAUGAAGAAUAAAGAGCAAACCAUCUUGUAGGUAUUUAAGAGGGCCGCCCAAAUAGGUACAUAUCCUUUUGAGAUUGCGAACUGAUUGCGUGUGGACUGGGCAAGGGGUGCUCUUCCUGUAAAACUAAAGUGACUAUUCUUGCGCUCAUAACAUAUGUAUAUGUAUAUAUACAUAUGGAGCCGACACUAAUUAUGGACCUAUUGCACCUAUUUUAGGCAUUCCUCUGAUGAAAGGUUACAACACUAAGAUUUUACAGUAGCAACAAGCUGUCCCUUGUUUAAGUUACAAGAGUGACACAGCGUGCAAAUCAAGUACUGUCCGAUAGCCUGGGGCUAGAGGAUUUUGCUAUCGGGCUAGUGACUUUUGUUUAUUAGGAAAAACUGUUUAAAUGCAGAGGUCCACGCAACGCGUAAAUAUAACUGACUGGUUCCUCUUGCCGGAUCUCUAAUUAAAGAGAUACUGUAGCCAGACGUCACUUAAAGUGUAAAAUAAAACAAAACUCAGUGCAGGGCUGGCUCUAGGUAAAGGGCUGAUUUUGCUGUAGUGCCAGCCCUGGAUUGAGUUUUGUUUUGUUCUUAGCGUGCCCGAUGGGCGAGUGAAGUUUUUUGAGAAUUCAAAUUACAGAAGGACUGUGUAUUCAAACCUGCUCAUCAAAAAGCUUUUAGGGCUAGUUAAAGUGAUGUUUGGGCAAGUACAUGCUAGCUACAGCUAGCCCGAAUGGCAAGCACCCUGGUGAUAGAAGCCAGUGUAGUCCGUAUUAUCUUAUAUUUCGUUACUUUACAGAUGAAUCUUUGCUGGAGCUGCUCAAAUCAAUGGGUCCUUCGUCAAUUGAUGCUGAAAUUCGUUGUCUUGGUCCUUCUGCUGGAGGAGAUGUUAAGCUGCUUGAAAUUUUCAUGCUGUUUAUUGAGCAUCAACUUCGACUACGAACAGACUUUGAGUUCACCGAGGCCAUACUGGGGCUCUUUCUCAAGGUGACCUGUCACUUUCGUGAUUAUCUCUUGAUCAGUAUUGAAUUUCUCUAUACGAAGACGAGCUUUGCAGAUGUUUUGUGUAGUACAGAACCUUUUGUCGCUUGUUGUUUAGGAUCGUUAUCAAUCGCAGUUAGCACCUCAUUAACUCUAUUUAGUUAUAAAGACACAUUCCCGCCCACCUUAUCAGCACUUCAGCACAGUAUCUUUACAAAGUAACCCUUCAUUCCAUCACAUGGUUUCCUUGCAUUACGUAUACGUUUCAACCCUAUGAACUGAUUUUACUGUGGUCUGUUUUUUACUGCAGCUUCAUGGUCCCACAGUAGCGCAUUUUCCUGAACUGACCACCAUUGCGCGGCGUAUACAAACAGAACAUUCAGCAGCCUGGUCAAGCAUUCAAGAUUUACUUAACCAGUGUGUAUGCUUGGUGAGUUAUCUUAAGAGUGCUGUGAUAUAA